AUGGUAAAUUCAAAAUAACACGUCACUUUCUCAAUUUCCGACAAGAAACGUCACAUUAGUCAGUGAUACAUCAAAACUAUGAAUGCAUUUUUAUUAUAAUUUUAUCUUUAUGUCUGCUAAAAGUAUUUUUACUCGUUCCGUUGGGUGUUUGGCGCGGAGGUUCAGGUCUUUGCAGGAGGUGUGGAUACUGCCAUGGUGGGGUAGUGGGGGGUUUGCCAAUGCCCCCCUCUGGGCCUUGGACACGUUGGUGUUGGUGGCCAAGUUGCUGUCGACGUGUGGUAUGGCGAUUGUUAGGAUAGUGAUACCGCCGGUGAAGAAGAGUUUAUAUGGGGAAACUGUUUUAAUAACUGGUGCUGGCAACGGCAUCGGUCGCGAGUUGGCGAUCCAACUGGCGGAGCUUGGAGCCAUAGUCGUCUGCUGGGACUGCGACUCCAGACGCAACAACGCUGUCAUGGAUGAGAUCAGGAGCAAGGACGGCGAGUGUAUAGGGUAUACGGUGGACGUGACUGCGCGGGAGCAGGUGUCCGCGAUCGCAGCAGCCAUGCGCAGGAGAGUCACCGACGUGUCCAUGGUCAUCAGCAAUGCUGGAGCUCUGACGUGCGCGCCGCUCAUGGCUCUCAAGCCUGAGGCGGUGGUCAAGCUUGUGGAGAUCAAUAUGUUGGCUCAUUUCUGGCUAAUCCAAGCAUUCCUCCCGAGCAUGAUCGAGAGGCGUCACGGUCACAUUGUGGCCAUAAACUCGAGCGCAGCGUUAAUGCCAUACGCUAACAUGGUGCCGUAUACUGCGGCUAAAUUUGGACUACGGGGACUGAUGGAGUCAAUCAGCGAGGAGCUACGCCUGAACACGUGGACUAAGAAUAUCAACACCACAUCUGUUUACAUGUCAACAGUGUCCACUGGGGUGUGUCCGACCACACACCGGUUCACCUCCUGGCAUAAGGAGGUCACGGCUCAAGAUGCUGCUAAAAUUAUUAUCGAUGGAAUCCGCAAGAACCACAAAACAAUCUGCAUACCCUGGUUCAUGAAGUUGUUCAUGGACUUCCUUUACAUUCUCCCAUACCGCAUAAGGAUCAUUUUCACUGAUUUCUUCAAUUUCAGUCAUCGUGGAUGGUUCUGUUUUUGCUAAAGCCUAACAAACGUUGAUUUUAUUAGAUUAAUUUGUAUUUUUAUGCAUAUGUUUAAAUAUAUAAAGAUCUUAAUUGUUUAGGUAUGUAUUACAAUAAAAGUAUUACAAAAUAAG